UAUAAAUAAACUUGUGUAAACACCUAAAAAUCUACAGUUUAGUCAGCGCGUGCCUCUUAUAUUUCUCUCCUCAUCUUCAGCUGUUGCUAGGAGAGACACAGGUCCGUUCUGAUUGGUCCGUCUCUAACCGUCUUAAGCCAAUCAGCAUUCGAUCCGAUAAACGUUCACGGCAUGCCUGCAGCCUCGCACCGUCUGCCGUUAUUAUAAUAUUACACAUGUAUGAUUCUUAUAACUGUUUGUAGUAACGCAUCGCAGGAUUUCUUCAUUUCGUCGUUUAAUCUCCCGGUAUAUUCGGCCGUUUGUCGCGUGUGACGCGGUGGCUGAAGCUCCGGGUGGAAAUGGCGGACAGAGAAAGAGAGAGAGACUGUCGCUGCAGAAGCAGAAAAAAUGAGCAGAUCUGAGAAAACUGCGAAUUUCAAUCGAGGCCGUUUGCGAUCAGAUUACGAGCGAUCGGACAUCAGACUCAUCGCGUGCUGUACGAUGGUCCUGACAGCAUAUAUAAACACCUGUGUCCUUCACCAGGUGUACUUUUCUAGAUUAACAUCCUGCUGUUGAAAGACUCUUGAGGGGUCAAACUGUGCCACUCUAGCAGCAGUUCUGGAGGAAGCGGAGGAGCGGGUGUUUCGGUGGCGCCACGCCCUGCUACAGGGUAUGGAGUACCACAGUUCAGGGACGUUGCCUCUCUUGGGCAGCCCGCGCUACUGCGCUGGAGGCAACAGUGGCAGCGGAUACCUGUGCCAGACCGGGCACUGCUGCCAGGAGACGGGAUGCUGCACCUACUACUAUGAGCUGUGGUGGUUCUGGUUGCUAUGGAGUGUACUCAUCUUGUUCAGCUGUUGCUGUGCGUAUCGUCACCGUCAGGCGAAACAGCGAGUGCAACAGCAGCAGAGACAGAGAGAGAUAAACCUCAUGGCGUAUCAUGGAGCGUGCAGUUACCCCUCUUCCAUGUUUGACCUCAGUUUUCUCGCUUCACUUAAACUGCCAUCCUAUGAGGAAGUGGCAGCCCAGCCCAGCACCCCACCCCCUCCCUACAGCUCUGUGGCGUACCCGCGAGGCUCCGCCCAUCCCGGCCCAAGUCACAUGCUGUCUUCUCAGAGUUCUGACAACUACACCAGCUGCUCCUGUGACUCUUGCUGUCCAUCAUCUCCCUGUAGCUCUUCCCCGUCUUCUGCGCAGCUCACAGACGAGACAGACACUAGCCACGCUUCCACGCCCUCCCACAGCGAUCCUCGACGCGGCCGCUUAGGGGCAGCCGUCACACACGACGUGACGAUUUCGAUCCCUCUGAACAACGAUAACAGCCAUUCCCCUACACUCAACACGGCAGAGGCGGAGCUCUCAACCAUCUCAACAGCCCUGGACUGCAACGGCAACAACACGGUGAACACAGUCGCCAGCAAGCCCUCGAAGAAUAGCAAUGUUAACGUUGGCAAACCUGUCGAAUCGUGUGAUGCAGUCCAUAUCAGUAGUGAAACCAUCUGUGAUGCAGCGUCUACCAGUCCAACAUCUAAGAAUGUAACUAGCCUCUGUCUAAACAACACAAGACCUACUGUAACCGGGACCACGGCCUCACCACCUCCCUCCUCGUCCCUGCAUCUCUUCUCCGUGUCAGACCCACUUGGAGUUCAGCCUGUAUUGCAGAGGGAGGAGCCUGUACAAGAUGCCCCGCCCCCACAGUCUCCACCUCGAUCGGCCGUCUUUUCUCCCGGUGUGGAACCCGAGCGUCGCGAUUCCGCCGUAAGCGAUCUCGAUGUGGACCAGACGCACUUUCAACAAAGACGGCUCACAGGCGACUCGGGCAUCGAGGUUUGUCGCUGCCGCGUUGAAGAGGAGGACGAUGUGGAUGAUGAAGGUCAGGCGGAGUUGACUAUGGCAACAAACGACGGUCUUCACGAUAGCCCAGACUGUUCUGCAAGAGCCGGUCAUUUGAUAACAGAAGGGGGUGAAAAAAAGGCACGGUCCAUCUCCACGCCGCCUCCAUCGACUGAAACGGUCGUCAUUGCCAUGGAAACCGACUGAAGGGAAAAUGGGCCGAGCGAUCAGAUCUUCUAAAUAGGUUGUGGCACCAACAUCAGUAAUGGUAUCUUUCUAUCGAGACCAUCUGUGGCUGUACCUGUACAGACGGAUGUUAGAAGAUACACAACCUUAUUCUUUGACUUCGAGUUAUAUAUCUCUGUCUGUCUAGUUCCUCACCUUUCUGUCAUAACACAGACUGUUGACUUAAGGUGCUUACACACUAAAGAGCAAGUUUUGAGGUUGGGGCAAGUUGUCAGCAAGCAAAUUGGAUUUGCAGAAGUCUAGCUGGACCCGCCUUUUUCAAGGUCUCAUCGGAGUGCGGUGCAGCAAAAGUUCAAACUUUUGGUCCGUUUUCGUGACAUCUCCAUUAAAAUGAACGAAUGCAGCGUAAACUCUAAAGUGUAGCUGAGCUCAGAUCUUCAUAUCUGUCACUGUGACGUCUGUAUGUGUGUUGAAUGCUUUACUUUUUUCUGACUGUCAGA